UGAUAAAAUAUUUUACGAUUGACGGUAAUCAAAAAGAUGUUUAAAGUUUUAUUUUGUUUUUAAAUCAGCUUUUUGGUAUAUGAACUUUGCUUUUACAUUCGAAACAUAAAUAUAGCAGUUCAAAAUAUCAAUUGUAAGUUUCAGCGUGAGGAAGAUACCAGUGAUAUUCAUACUGGAAGCUAGAUCGGGAUUCUAGUUUUGAUCUAGACAAGGAAUUCCAGCUCAUUUUAUUUGAACUGUUUUAUUAACACUACGCAUAAUUCAACAUGAAUAUCAGAUGUGCAACGCCUGAUGACUUAAUGAACAUGCAACAUUGUAAUUUGUUAUGUUUACCAGAAAAUUAUCAGAUGAAAUACUACUUUUACCAUGGUCUUUCUUGGCCUCAGUUGUCCUAUGUGGCUGAAGAUCACAGUGGUAAAAUUGUUGGCUAUGUGUUAGCCAAAAUUAGGGAAGAAGACCCAGAAGACUCUGUUCCUCAUGGACACAUAACAUCUUUGGCUGUUAAAAGAUCCCAUAGACGUCUAGGAUUAGCUCAAAAGUUAAUGGAUCAAGCAUCACGUGCAAUGGUAGAAAAUUUUAAUGCUCAGUAUGUUUCACUUCAUGUAAGAAAGAGCAAUAGAGCAGCACUUCAUCUGUAUACAGAAAAUCUCAAAUUCUCCAUUAGUGAAAUAGAGCCAAAGUAUUAUGCAGAUGGUGAGGAUGCUUAUGCCAUGAGAAGGGACUUGACAGAAUUCAGAGAAAAGUAUGGACUAAAACCUGAAACAGAUCAGCUAGCAAUCGAAUCUUUACCUGAACAAAAGAUGAAAGAUUGAACCAAGCUAAUCUGGAGAUUUAGCCAUUCUUAACCAAACCAUUUGUAGCAAUGACUUAUUAUGAGAUUGUAAAUAAAAUUAUUUAAUUUGAUCAACUGGCAAGAGAGUGUGUCUGAUUUUUUUUAUUCAAAUGUUGGUACGCCUUUUUUUGCAUUAUAUGAAUAAUUUAGGAAUACAUUGCUUUAUUAACUAAAACAAUUUAUAAUUUGACUUGCGAACAUUUGUCUAUGAUCUUUAAAAAAUUAUUAUUUUUUAACUGGUAUGAUUAGAAUACUUGAAUUAUAAAAAACAUUGUACAUAACUACACCGACAUUUGAAUAAAAGUGUAGAGAAAGGUUUUUCAAAAUGCAAAAAUAUGAUUGAAUGUAGUUUUUUGUACAUGUUUUAUAUUUUGUAUGCAGUGCAACAUUUAUAAUCAUAUCUAAUAAACAUUGAUAGGAAAAUACCCAUAAUUUGUUGAUGAAAUUUCAAAUCAUUAUUUAAGAGAAAUUAAGUGAAAAAUAUUACAGUAUAGUUUUAACUGGCUAGUAUAUUGUGAAAGAAAUUUUUUUUUUUUAAA